AUGUCUCGACACGAAGCAUGGCAACCCUACCGCCGAUCUCAUGUGAUCACCAAAACCGUUGACGAGAGAGCCUGGCGUGGCAAGUUCUGCCCGCGUCUCGUUGGCCACGGCAAUGUCGUCCAACAAGCGCACUUUGCCGCCAACCUAUCCGCCUUCACGCCGCUUGCGCCGUAG